AUGAGAUUGGUAGUUCCCGAAAAACUACAAUCGGACGUCUUACAUCAUUAUCACACCACGCUGGAAGGAGGACAUCAGGGAGGGGGCGUACCUACCAGCGGAUCAGGGAUCACUUCCACUGGAGGGGAUUAUACCGGAGUGUCCAGAGAUUGCGAGACAGGGAAAGGAAAGCCGGUGAUCCGGUGUGAAUCACCCGGAAACUUGCAGGCGACGUAUCCGUUCCAGAUUAUCGCGAUGGAUCACAUACCGUCGCUACCCAAAUCCCACAAGGGGAACACAGAAUUACUGAUCUGGGUCGAUCUGUUCACGGGGUAUGUGAUCGCGAAGGCCAGCUCGUCUCGAUCGGCCCAGACGGUUGCGGAAUCGUACGAAGAGUGUGUAUUUUGGCGAUUCGGUGCCAGUGAGAUGAUCCGGCAUGAUCGAGAACCCGGCUUCAUGUCUGAUUUCUUCCGGGCGUUUAAGAAUAUUUUGGGACAGCGGCAGCGGGCGGCGGUGGCAUAUCGUCCACAGGCCAACGGGACUGCUGAGAGAAUGGUGCAGACCGCGACCAGAGCGCUCAAGAUGUACGUGCGCGAUCUGGAUCAGAAGGAUUGGGACGAAUAUGCGGAGUGCCUCACCUUCGCGAUCAACACGGCUAACGAUCGGAUCCGACGAGAUACCCCUCACUAUUUGUCGGAUGUACCAGACGGCGCGAUCGAGAUGCGCGGCGGUGGCGUUAUCGAGUCCAACGAUACUAUCAGCAAUCCCGAGAACAAGUCAACGCUAGAUUGA